GUAUCGCCGCUAUCGCGAGAAAGUCGCGCCGCCGCCGAGGACGACGACGUGAAUGGCGCCUCUAGAGGCGCGCUCAUAUCACCCGCGACACUGAAAAUUCGCGCUGCAGUUCGGCCUGGCUCACCGAGUGGACCGAGUGGAGAUUAACCGUAUAACCGCGGGUCCACGAGCGGUAGGAUGAGGUCGCACGCCCCGCGCCUCCUGACCUUCGCCCUUUUAAUCCUCGCAGGCAAAUUAAUCAUCAUCGAUACAAAAGAGGUAUCUCCACAAAAUUCUUUGUUAAAUGAAGUGGAAAUGAUGAUAAACACUGCUAUUAAAUUAAUUCACGAACCAGCAACAUUCAAACUGUAUACCAGAGAAAAUCCUUUUGGUGAAGAGCAAUUAUUGCUAAACAAUACCGAAAUUCUAUAUGCUUCGCAUUUUAACGAAAGUCGACCAACCAAACUUAUUAUUCAUGGCUUUAGUGAUACGGGAAAAGAAGUAUGGAUUCGAGGACUGAUCGAUGCCUAUUUGAAGUACCAAGAUGUAAAUGUGAUCGUAGUUGGUUGGGGCAUCCUCGCCGCGGAUCCGUAUCCCACGGCGGCGAACAAUACGCGCCGAGUAGGCGAGUAUCUUGGUGUUUUUUUGGAGUUCCUGUCGCGCGAGUCUAACCUCGAGUACAAGGACGUACAUAUGUGCGGGCACAGUCUCGGAUCACACGUUGCUGGAUUUGCCGGGGCAUUCUUAGAUGGGAGAAUUGGUAGAAUUACUGGCUUAGAUCCGGCCAGUCCACUGUUCGAAACACCCUCCGGUGUUGUGGAUCCGGACUAUCGUCUUGAUCCAACCGACGCCCAAUUCGUCGACGUUAUUCACACUAGCGGAACUGCGUUUGGAUUCCUCGCAGCAAUCGGUCACGUUGAUUUUUAUCCAAACAGUGGAAAAUUUCCUCAACCUGGCUGCAAUUUUGCACCCACGAAUACGUACUGCAGUCAUACGCGAGCUUAUCAAUUAAUGACGGAAAGUAUCGGAAGUACAUCUGGUUUCAAGUCGAAAAAUUGUGAAAGCUGGGAAAAAUAUAAGGAUGGCCAGUGCGAUCACAAUCCAAUUGUCUUGAUGGGCGAAUACGCGUCGACAUCGUUACGAGGCAAGUUCUACUUAACGACUAAAUAUGCACCUCCUUUUGCCAUCGAUUGAGACAUUCAUAUUAAUUACGUUUGUAAAUCUCACUUUACAAUUUUGAAUGUAACGCUUUCAACUAGUCAUUUCUCCGACAUUGUAUUUAUAAAUCAUGUUACAUUAGUUCACACUUAUUAUUAUU